AUGUCCACCACGAACGCGUUCUUCUAUGGCACCCUGUGCCACCCACGCAUCCUUCAACGCGUAAUCGGCAACGAUGGCUCUCAUCUGCGGAUCUGCCCAGCCGUUCUACUCGACUACACUCGCCAUCAUGUCGCCGGCGCAGACUACCCAGCGAUCAUUCCAUACGCACGCACGAAAGAGCUCGUGAAAGUCGAGUUAACCCCCGAAGACCGGAGCGUACGCGGCACCCUCGUCACAGGCCUGACAUCGAACGACAUUCGCCUCCUCGACAUCUUCGAAGGCUCCGAGUACACGCGCGACCCCGUGCGCGUUCACCCCCUCGGGCCGGCGUCUCCGCCUCCUCUUGCAGCAUCGCACGCCACUCAGGACUUUGUGCCCGCCACAACUAACCCUUUACCCAAACCGGAUGAACUGGCACCGGCUGUACAAGCCAGUGCCUACGUCUGGUCUAACCCAGUUACUGAGUUGAAGCCAGAACUCUGGAGUUUUGAGGACUUCGUGAGGGAUAAUGCUUGGAAGUGGGUGGGAGAGGGUAGCGCGGAGAACAGUGACUACGGAAAGGUUGACGACGCGAGGUGGGAGGGAAGGCCAACGAGUGCGUAG